AAAAUGGGACGAGAGAUCUGAUCGCAUCAGCAGACGCCCCCGCGCCGUCCAUCGCAUUCCGCCCCCUCGUAAUCCCCCUUCUCCCAUCCGAUUCCGAUUGCUCCCGCCGCCUCCGAGAUUCCAGUCCGAUCGAUCCGAUCCCCAUCCGACGUCCCACCGAUCGCCGGCCUCGACACCGCUUCGUCGUCAAUCUCCACGCCUCGGUGGAUGGCAAACUCCGGAUCUGCGAGGCUUUGUCGCGGACGGGAGUGAGGGCGUGGGCAGGGUGAUACAAGAUGCCUGGACUCUUGAUGAGAUGCGCUGAAUUUUCGGCGCCCGCCCGAUCGGCGUCGCCUGACAGCAUCUGGUCCAGGCACCGCGAUAGCAUCUCAUUCGACAAGCUAGAGAAGUUCUGGAGCGAGCUAUCCCUUCAGGCACGAAAGGAGUUCCUGAAGCUUGAUAAGCAGGCUUUAUUUGAACAUGCUAGGAGGAACCUCUACUGUUCAAGAUGCAAUGGAUUGCUUCUGGAAGCCUUCUCACAGAUUAUAAACUAUGGGAAGUCAAUGCAACAGGGAGGUUCUGAUUUUCAACUUUCAGAUAGAGCUGGGAAUUGCCAGUCUCAGAGCUGCAGUGACGUAGAUGAGGUACAGGAUCCAUCGUUACAUCCUUGGGGUGGUCUGACAACAACUAAGCAUGGCCCUAUCACAGUUCUUGACUGCUUUGUAAGGGCAAGGUCCCUGAAGUCUCUCCAAAAAGUAUUUGACAGUGCUCGAGUUAGGGAACAUGAACGCGAAUUACUUUACCCUGAUGCUUGUGGAGGAGGAGCAAGGGGUUGGAUAAGCCAAGGGAUGGCUAAUUAUGGUAAAGGGCAUGGAUCCAGAGAGACCUGUGCUUUGCAUACUGCACGACUUUCUUGUGAGACACUUGUGGACUUCUGGUCCGCUUUAGGUGAGGAAACUAGAUUAUCACUGUUGCGGAUGAAGGAAGAGGAUUUUGUUGAGAGACUUAUGUACAGGUUUGAUAGCAAGAAGUUUUGCAGAGAUUGUCGAAGAAAUGUCAUUCGUGAAUUCAAGGAGUUAAAGGAGUUGAAGCGAUUGCACAAGGAGCCUUGUUGCACUAGAUGGUUUUGUGUUGCAGAUUCAGCUUUCCAAUAUCAGGUAACGGAAGAUACUGUUCAAGCUGACUGGCACCAGUCUUUUACUAAUGCAGAUGGAGCUUAUCACCAUUUUGAAUGGGCAAUUGGCACCGGAGAAGGACAAACUGACAUUUUAGGAUUUGAAGAUGUUGGCUUGAAUGGAAAGGUCCAAGUAACUGGACUUGAUCUUGGUGGUUUUGAUGCUUUCUAUAUCACACUUAGAGCUUGGAAACUCGAUGGUCGUUGCACUGAACUCUCUGUAAAGGCUCAUGGACUUAAGGGACAAGAUUGUGUUCAUCACAGGCUCAUAGUAGGUGAUGGUUUUGUGACAAUAACUGAAGGGGAUAACAUUAGGAAUUUCUUCGAACAUGCUGAGGAAGCUGAUGAAGAAGAGGAUGAUGAUGCAAUGGAGAAAGAUGGAAAUGAGCUUGACAGAGAUAGUUCCCAAUCACAGAAGCAUGCUAAGAGUCCUGAAUUGGCUAGGGAGUUUCUUCUAGAUGCCGCAACUGUUAUAUUUAAAGAACAGGUUGAAAAAGCAUUCAGAGAAGGUACGACACGACAAAAUGCACACUGUAUAUUUGUUUGUCUUGCCCUAAAAUUGCUUGAAGAGCGCCUUCAUGUUGGUUGCAAAGAAGUUAUUACUUUAGAAAAACAGACUAAACUUCUUGAAGAAGAAGAGAAAGAGAAACGUGAAGAAGAAGAACGCAAGGAGAGAAAAAAAACAAAAGAACGGGAAAAGAAGCUUAGAAGAAAAGAGAGGCUAAAAGAAAAAGGUAGGGAGAGGGAAAAGAAGCUUACUGAAUCAAAGUCACAUGAUUCUUUGCCUGCAGACUCAAGUAUAUCAUCUAUCAGUUCUCAUGAUGAAUCAAUUAUCAUUUUGCAUCAUGGGGAUUCUGUUGAUGAACACGUUGAUAGUUCUAUUAUUCAAAACCCUGAUUCUCUUGAUAAUAUGGAUGAGAAGUCCUCAGGUGUGACUGUCACUACGGAUCAUGAAACUGUAGAACAUCAAUUUGAUAUUGAUGGAAACCUUCAUGUUAAUAAUGAGACUUCUUCCGCAUCUGAUUAUUCAAAAUCAUCAGGACGGAAACCAAGACCAAGGAAAAAUUACCUUUUAGGUCAGGCAUCCAACUGGUAUGGUAGGCACUGUUGCUAUAAUUCUAAAGAACUUAACAAUCAGCAAGAUAAAGCUGGCAUUCAUUUGUGUUCCUCCAGAGGCACAAAUAGUUUACACAGACCUUCAAAAGAACGGUUUGCAAAGCAUAAUCAUAGAAGUUGCAAUCCCCAAAAGGAGAGAGAUCAAGAUAGAUUUGACUACCAGUCUUCUAGCUGCAUUCAACUUGAGGAUUGCAGUGAAAAGGCUGGGUACCAUGUUUCAACGGGUAGAUUUGGGAAGGAGAUAAAGAUUGCCAAACCAGAUUAUGCAGUGCAUAUGCCCAGGUCGUCCUAUCAGAAUGCAAAAUAUGGUAUUGGCUAUUAUUCACAUGAUAAUUUUUCGUUUCCAAAAGGAAAACAUGUUAUUAAUUCUCCAGGCAAAGAGGUUUUCAGGAAGCAGGUUUGGGAACCACUGGAUGCACAGAGAAAGGUAUCUAGAAAUCAAUCUGAUCCUCAACUGACCUCAAUAACAUGUUUGGAACCCUCCCAGACGACAGGUUUUGUCAAAGGUGAAAGUGGGUGUCAGCAGCAUAUCACACUUGAAUCAGUUAACGAUGUACGCUUGGAUAACAAUUCUACAAGUUCAGGAGAAUUAGGUACUAUGAUGAGUUGUGAUGCUCAUGUUUGCCAUGAUAAUUUAGACAACUUUGAUACUGGUACUGAUGUUGCUUGUCAGGAUAAACUUGGUCCCUUAAGAAAGAAAGAGAAAUAUUUGAAGAAUGAUAUAGAGGAGGAUCUCAUCCCUGCCAAAAUCACUUCUGCUGAUCCAGUAAGGAGCUCUUCUAGUUCAGAUAACUGUUUUUCAUGUCCUAGUGAAGGAGAUAGCAGCACUAGCUCUUCAAGUGGGCAAAAUGCAGAGUCAUCAGUAACUUCAGAUUCAGAAGAUGCUUCCCAACAAUCUUGUGGUGGUGAUGCAUCAACACCUAAUAAUGAUUUCUUCCAAAGAUUGUCAGAUGAAUUUCCAGAUAACAAGGGUAAGGCAAAUGGCAACGAUUCUUUUUCAAGCUUUAUUGCAGGAUGUCCAUCUGAGAACUGUGUGGAAUGUGAUUAUCCAGUACAAAAUUCAGUUGUUGGCAGUGAAUCCUAUAGCGGCCAACCUGGAUAUGUCACCCCUCCAAUUAAACACAUGUUUGUAGGAGCAAACCAUAGUAUGAAUCUGCCAUAUGUCCACUCUCCAGCCUUUGGCUACCAUACCUGGAACAUAGAUCCUUGGCAAUGUGCUUGUAAUGGAUUCAUGACAUAUCCCCAGGCUAACCAUUACUUGCUUCCAAAUCAUCUUGGAUAUUGUCCUUGGACAGACAGGCAAUCUGAUUUCAUGAUUCAUUACGGUCCUGUACAACCUGUAGCCUUAUCUGUUUUUGAUGCAAACAAAGAAUUAUUGUAUCAAAAAUCUAACAGAACGAAUCUUCGAACCUUCAAAGAACAAAAGGGCCAUGACCAAUCUUGUGGAUUUCAGCAAUCACACGAUCUUAUUGAACCAAUUGGCCACCAGCGGUCAGUUUCAAAUAGACAAGUGCUAUCAAAACCUUCGUCUGCAGAAAAAGUCAUUGGUGAACAUUGUGCCAAGCCAAACAGUGGACAUCCAUUCUUUUCUUUAUUUCACUAUGGUGGUCCAGUAGAUGCAAAUACUGCUGGAUUUAAUGCAAAAUCACAUCCUCUUAAAGAUGAAACCACUGAUGGCAUAGUCUCCAACUUAUCAACGACUCAGGGUCAGGCUUGCUCAAAAGAGGAAAUAGAGGUUGAAGAGUAUUGCUUGUUUUCUUCUAGAUAUGAUGCAAAAUUUUCGUUCUUUUGAUGCAGUUCCAAGUAAGCAUGCUAUUUAGGCUUCUCUGCUCUAGUUGUGAAGGCGUGAUCAAUUGUAGUCUAUGAUAAAACAAUCUUCCUUGUAAGUUCUAGCAUAUCCUCAUUGGUUGGUGUUUCCAGUUUGCGCUUCCUGUUACGGAUUGUAAAAAGGAAAUCUUCGAGUGAUAAUAGUUUUAUUUGUUUUUUCCUUCA